AUGAAGUUUUCAAAAAUAACUGGUGCUUUAAUGACCACUAUUGGUUUAGUUUCCGCUGCUAAUGAACAAGAUGUUGCUUUUUUAACUGCUUUGGUUAAUGAUUUUCAGUCUCAUAGAGCUGAUUAUUUAAGAUUUUUACAAACGGCAACUGGUGUACCAUCACAAUUAGAAACUUUUGCCACUAAAGUAAUAACAUAUCAAGAUGAUUCAUAUACUACAUUAUUAGAUAAUUCAGAUUUCGACGUUACAACAUUGGAAAAUUUUGCAACUGGUUUACCAUGGUAUACAAGAAUUGAAGCAAAUGCCGGUGGGGCAGCUUCUGGAAGUUCUAACUCUGAUUCCUCAAAUUCAAAUUCAGCUUCAAGCUCCGCUGCUGCUACUUCAAGUUCCGCUGCUUCUUCUGCUGGUGCUGCUGGUGGUGGUAAUUCACUUGCAUCCUCAACUACAGAUUCUCAAACUACAUCUCAAACUUCAAAUGAUUCACUAGCUAUAGCUACUGGAUCAGUCAAUGCUGCUAAUAUUAUUGGUAAAACUGGAAUGGUUGCUGCUCCAAUAGGUGCCGUAAUGGGUGCUUUAGCAAUUGCAUUAAUGUAA